AUGUAUAGAGAUCCAUUGUAUGCAAUGGGCAUAGCAUUCAUGCUAUUUAUGAGAACGACAAUGACUCAUGACAAUAGUGAUUAUCAACUUACCUUGAAAAGUGUGGAGAUGACAAUAUGUAUAGCAAAUAAACAGAUCAAAAAGGCAAAGUAUAAAGAUAGAAAGAAAUUAUGGGUACCGUCUAUUACAGCCACUUCGUCACAUUUCAAACAAUCUAUACUGCCUCCUACACUACCCAUUGCCAAAAUGGAUGGCUCGACGUGGAAAGCGAGCUUUAUUCCUAACAGUAUAUUGAGAGCCUCUGUUGUUAGAGCAGAAUGCUCCCUUAUAUUGGCUAUAUUACAAAUGACACAGUACAACAACUUUUUUGGGAUCCAGUGUAUUUCAUAUUUGAAAAAGGCAUAUAGUGAUUAUAGCUUCGUUUGGCAGCAGUACAAACGGAUGGGUCAGGAAUAUACAAGGUAUAUUGAUCGAGAGACGGUUUCCGCUGUGCACCUCGGAUUGGGUACUCUACAUCUCAUCUUUUCCUGUCUCCCUCGUAAACAAGCGAGAACUGUAUUGGCCUAUUUUAUUUUCAUGUCCACACAAGUACCACGAUUAUGUACUAUCGAUUUAAUGAAAACAGCAGUAGAUUGCUUGGCAAGCGCCCAGAAAGCAUACCCAAAUAGUUGUUUCUUCCUUCUCUAUCUAACACGUGUUUCUCGUAUUGUACGAAAUAUAGCUUUAUCAGAUCAAUUUAUUCAGUCGGCUAUAAAUCAAGCGCAACAUGAAUGGAUGGAAACGGCAGUAUUAAAUAUAUGUCAAUUUGAGAUGGGACAAAACUUUGCAUUACAAUUGGACUGGGAAUCAGCAGCAACUUGCUUUGAAAGACUAAGAAGUGAUAGGGGUUUUAACUCCCCCUCUUCUAUAAUUGCACGAUAUUUUGAGGGGACUUGCUAUGGGAUGAUGGAAGAGCAUACUAGAAGCAUUUUGGCGUUCGCAGAAGUGCACAAAUUUUUGCAGCAUAAUCAGUUUGAAGCAUCCUGUGCUUCUAGUAUUAAUGAAUUUAUAAAGCAGCGAAUUGAUUUCUUUCAAAGGAACGGCUACCAGAAUUUGGAGUUUUGCUUGCCUGCCCUGGAAAUGCUUCUAGUUUGGAAUGUGUUCGACCAGAUGGGAAAAGAUGAACUCAACUCGUGUCUUUCAAAGAUUGAAAAAGUAUUAUCGAAGAUCCAUGAACGUGAACGAGUCGACUAUACUAUACGGCUGCAUCAAUUAAUGCCUUCAACAAACUUACCGAAUUACUAUGAGCAUAGGGCCGUCGCUAUGCUAAUAAAGGCUUCAAUACUAAAUUCCGCAGAAAGAUAUGAGGAAAGCAUUGCUAGUAUUAAUUGGAUUAUGGAUAAUAAACAUCAGUUAGCAACAGAAAAUUGGAUUCUUCCAGUAACAUAUUGGGGUAAGAAUAACUAUUAG